UUUGAUGUUUCUUAUGUUAAGGAACUAAAAAAGGUAACCUCAGACUUGAUAAAGUCCAAGGUCACAUGUCAACAUAGUAUCAGAGAAGAAAACAUCAAUUUAACAAUUAAAGAACAGAAGUUACAAGAACUUCAAGAAAGACUCAACAUGGAGUUGGAAUUAAAUAAGAAGAUUCAUGAAGAGAUUAUCCAAAUUCAAGAAGAAAAACAGGAUAUCAUCAUUUCUUUCCAACAUAUGCAGCAGUUACUUGAGCAACAGACUCAAGUUAAUACUGAACUGGAAGCAGAAUUGAAGGUGAUAAAAGAAGACAAACAGACCCUUGAAAGAGAUAAUGAGCUGCAAAGGGAGAAGGUAAAAGAAAAUGAAGAAAAGUUCCUUAAUCUUCAAAAUGAGCAUGAGAAAGCACUGGGAACUUGGAAAAAGCAUGUUGAAGAACUUAAUGGAGAAAUUAAUGAGAUUAAAAAUGAGUUAUCAUCACUUAAAGAAACUCAUAUUAAGUUACAAGAACAUUACAAUAAAUUAUAUGAUCAGGAAAAGUCUGAAGAUGACAAGUUUCAGAAUUUUCCAGAAGUAAAUGCUGAAAACAGUGAAAUGUCAAUUGAAAAAUUAGAAAAUACCAUCAUACGGAAUUCUGGGCAAGAAAUAAGGGAAGAAAAUAUUGUGAAUUUUUGUUCGGAUACUAAAUGUAGAGGAGAGGAGGGAAAGAAAGAAGGCCCAUUUAUAGAAGAAAUCAUUAUAGAAGAUUUACAGCUUUUGGACAAAAGCUCCAAGGAUGACAUUGAUAUUACUGUACCUCAGGAUGAAAAGCAAAGCAAAGCCAUCUGCAAUGAAAAAGAACUAAGUAGUCAAGGACAGACCUUGAAUAUUACUGACUGUAGAAAAGCAGUUACUUCAGAAAUAAAAGACAAGGUGGAAUUGGAAGACAAUGGAUGUACUUCUUCAGUGGCAGAUACACCAAUAGAAAAAGUAAACCUAGAAAGAACUGAAGGAUUAGAUCUUCACCAUGCAAAUGUCCAUCUAGAGGUUGACAAUAUCAGAUCAUCACUUAAUAACAGUAUCUUAAAUGAGAUGACCUGCAGUAUAAAUAAGGAUGUUUCUGAAGAUGAAUCAUUCACACAGUUUGGAGUGCUCCCAGGGAUUCAAGAAAAUGCCAUAGAGAAGGAAAUUACAAGUAAUGAUCAAACCAAAGUAGAUUUAGACUCAUCUCUAAAUGUAAAAAAGAAUCCAGUUCAGUGUCAAAAAUACAAAUUACAGGAUUCAAAUAAUAUGUUAGAUGAUGAACAGUGUAAAACAGAACAGGUAUCACUGUUAAAUAAAAAAAGUGAGUGCAGUGUAUUGCCAUUUAAACAAGUUUCAGAUUUUCCACAAACUUGUAACACCUCAGAGAAACCUCAACUAACUAUUCCGUGUGUCACAUCAGUCAACCACCCCAUGUCAUCUACUGUUUUCAGUGAUAACUUGAAAGUACUUCUUAAGAAAUCAGAUAUAAAUGUUAAUAUUAGGCCUUUGUUGGUGAAACCCAACUCAAACCCUGGGGAGAGAACUAUUUGGAAAAAUCUGAAUGAGAUGCGAAGCAGUCAGUCGAAGAACUGUUUGGGAUAUUUAGAAAACAACAUGACCAUUUCCCAUCUUCAGGUUAACAAUGAGAAUAUAGGUGCCUCACAAGCCAAAGACAUGAAAGCUGCUUUUCACUCAAAAACCUCCACACACAAACAGUUUUCUAACAAAGAGAGUCAGAUUGAUGAGAAUCAGGUAACUGAAGCCACAAAAAAUGAUCUUUUUGUGAAUGUUAACGAAGGACAGCAUACAUUGUUAAAUAAUAUAGAAAAAACAGUGUCAUUAAAUGACAUCACUUCAGGAAAAUUUUACCAUGAAGAACAGCUGGAAGAAUCAUGUUCGUUUUACAUAAAGCCAUCUGGAGAUUCAGUCAACAGAGGUGGAAAGUCAGUCUUUGAUCUUUCAAUUUCAGAUAAAAAAACUGAGAAAACGUCAGUAUAUGUGAAUUCUUUAGACCCCAGUCCUUGGUCAAAAGUAAAUCAAAUUGAAAGUCAAACAGAUAGCACUUCAACUUCUAGCAUUCCUUUAGUGCUGAAGGGGAGACCCACAAGUCCGUCAGAAAACAAAAAGAUUGUUUCAGUAACGUUUUGUAACAGUGUUGCUGAGGAUGUCAGGAAGGAUAUUGGACCAGAUACUACCAUUAUCGGAGCUGCUGACACUUUGAAUAACACCAGUAUCCAUCCAGAUCCCAAGGGAGAGCCCACUGAAGAGAGGAAUGUAACUGCAAAGACUUAUGAUUCUUCUUUUCCCACAGAACAUGUGAAAACAAAGCCUCUGAAACCAACUCUGCUACGAAGCUAUCUGCAGGCAGUUAAGGUUGAAGAUACUACUGAUUUGACUGCAUCUUCUACUGUUGCUGAUGACUGGCAGAGCCUGCUAACAAAUCAAAUAAAUGAAAUAGAAAAGUUACUAAGCUUAGAAAAUGACAACCAAACUAGUAAAAGAAAAGCAGAAGAGAUGUUGGAAAAAAUAACAGAUGAAAAUAACAUUGAUGAUAAAUGCUUUCCCUGGUGA